ACUUCGGACUGACAAACACUGCGCCUCACAGAUCCCUCGGAACAUGUGAGCCUCCGGAGCCCGCUGAGAACCCGCAGAACCGGGACCGACAGCCCAGGAUGAGCGGCAGAUAACGGCUCGGUUCGGUUCGUGAUGGAGCUCGGGAACGGAUUCGGAUCGGCUCCGGAUCGAGACAGCGACACCGACACUAUUCCUCGCGUCGAUCCGGAUCAGACCCAGAGAACGAGAAGGAGCUUCCAGAAACGGCUGAUUGGCCUCAUCUUCACCAUCAUCAUCCUCGUCUUGGCAGGAUCUUCAUCUCUUCUCUGGUACUUUCUGGAGUACAGGGUGUGGGUUCUGGAGCCGAAGCUGGUUCAGCAGUACACAGCCAGUGUUUCUAUACUGAAUCUGAACUUCUCGGUCAGUCUGUCCAGUCACGAGAGCUCAGAGUUCAGAUCUACGUCUGCAUCUGUGCAGAACACGGUGGAGAAGCUGCUGAAGUCCACAGACCUGUCCAGAUACUUCAACUCCAGCGCGGUGUUUGCGUUCGGGAACGGCAGCGUGGUGGCUCACCUCUGGCUGCGUCUGUGGAUCCCCAGCAGUCACGCGGAGGCUGUGAACGUCCAGCGGCUGAACCGGAGCGUGUUCAGAGAGCUCCAGCGCUUCAGCGACGCUCAGCAGGUCAGCCGAUACGAGGGUCUUCAUCUUCUGCUGCCCUCGCUCAGCUUCACCGAGACCAACCCCAAAGUUAUAGAUCUUUUUCAAGCUACAUUUGACUGCUAUCGCUACACGGCUCUGGUCUCGGCGGAGCCCGUGGUUCUGGAGGGGCCCAACACACAGCGCUCGUCCUGCCUGUGGCACCUGAGGGCCCCCGCGGGCUCCCGGCUGGAGCUGAGGGUGGAGUGGCUCCUGAGCGAGUGUCGGGAUCGUCUGAUCAUCUACGACUCGGUGACCCCCUCAGACUCUCGUCUCAUCACCUCGCUCUACGGCUGCAGUCGCUACGAGCAGACGGUGCAGCUGCUGUCGUCUGCCGACUGGAUGACGGUGGUUUGGAAACAGGGUCUGUAUAAUUACAAGGAUCCUUUUUCUCUGAGCGCUCGAGCCUGGCCGGACCAGGAAUGUUCCUACAGUGUUGUGUUGAAGAAGACAGACGGUGUCCAGGGAGUGUUACGGACACCCUUCUACCCCAGUUAUUACCCUCCAGACACCAACUGCACCUGGAUCUUUACCGUGCCGUCGGAGGACUUCGGUCUGACUCUGACCUUUGAAGGAUACGAGCUGAGCCGUGCCAGUUACAGUCAGACCUGUACACAGGGGAUGUGGAGCAUCCAGAGCCGCAGGUUGUGUGGGGUGCGUGGUCUACAGUCGUAUGCGGAGCGGAUCUUCCUGGUGUCCAGCAGCGUCACUGUGUCUCUGACCUCUGAGGUGUCUCUGACCGGUCCAGGCCUGCAGGUUCUCUACAGCAUCUUUAACCAGUCUGACCCGUGCCCAGGACAGGUGCUCUGUCACAUUAACGGUCUCUGCGUGCCGGCGUGUGACGGGAUCGCCGACUGUCCCAACGGGCUGGAUGAGAGAAACUGCGUGUGUAUCGCUCAGUUCCAGUGCUCAGAGGACAGUCGGUGUGUCGACUACUACAAAGUGUGUGACCAGCAUCGGGACUGCCUGGACAGCAGUGAUGAGGAGAACUGCACUCACGGUGUACCGUGUUCUGACAGGACGUAUGUAUGUGGAGAUGGAACGUGUUUGAAGAAGCCAAACCCAGAAUGUGAUUUUAUCACGGACUGUCCAGAUGAAUCUGAUGAGAAAUACUGUGACUGUGGGCUCAGGCCGUUCAGCAGCCGUGUGGUGGGCGGGGCUGAUGCCGUGGAGGGGGAGUGGCCAUGGCAAGCCAGUCUGCAGAUCGGGGGGCGGCACAUCUGCGGGGGGGCGUUAGUCUCCACCCAGUGGGUGGUGUCUGCGGCUCACUGUUUCUAUGACGACGGGUUCUUCUCUCCGUCCGUCUGGACCGUGUAUCUGGGUAAACUGCGUCUGUCUGGCAGCGGUCAGUCGGAGGAGGCCAUCCGUGUGUCUCACAUCCACCUCCAUCAGUACUACGACGACGAGACGCACGACUACGACGUGGCUCUGCUGCGUCUGCUGAGGCCGGUGUGGUCAGGGACGCUGGCUCAUCCGGUCUGUCUCCCGCCGCAGACGCACCAGCUGGAGCCGGACGUUCUGUGCUGGGUCACGGGAUGGGGCGCGCUGCGGGAGGGAGGAGCGGUCAGUGACGUUCUGCAGAAAGUCGACGUGCGAUUGGUCAGUGAAGACGCCUGCGUGCGUUCCUAUGGUUACUCGAUCACGCCCAGGAUGAUCUGCGCCGGGUAUCGCAGCGGAGGGAAGGACGCCUGUCAGGGCGACUCCGGCGGGCCCCUGGUGUGUCAGGAGCCGUCUGGACGCUGGUUCCUGGCCGGUGUGGUGAGCUGGGGCCGAGGCUGUGGAAGACCUGACUAUUACGGGGUUUACACACGAAUCACUAAACUCACCGGCUGGAUCAAACGCCUCAUUUCCUCCUGAGAAACACCUGAGCUCACCUGGGAGCCUUAAAAACAGAAAAACAUUCAGUCUCUGUGCAUCAUGGGAGAUGAGGUUUAAGGAAGAUGAUAUAGCCUCAUUUAAAGGGAUAGUUUUGACUCGUCCUCAGUGUAUAUGACUUUCUUCUGUGAGAUAAAUCCAGUGUGAGUUAUAUUAAGUCAAAGAAGUCAUAAACAGAUUGUUUGAGCUAACUCUUUAAUAUCAGCCGCUCCAGAGGACAUACUUUUAUUUUUUUAUGUAGACACAAUAAUUUCCGUUAUUAUCCACAGAAUAAUUAUAGACUAAUCAUUUUAUGAAGCUUCUGUUGUCAUUCACUUUCAUUCUUUGCUGGAAACCCGGGUGAGAAAUCCUGUGACGCGUCAGAGCCGCCGGCGGUGACGUCACGAGGGCAUGGGCGGUGACGUGCGUUUCUUUCACGUUUGACUCGUUUUCCUGUAAAAGCGCGCGAACUCUCUCUGAAUGACGGCUUGUCUAGAAACGAAUGCAUAAGCGACACAAAUUCAUGUUUGCUGGAACAAAUAAAACCUUUGUGCAGAA